CCCAUCUCCAUCAUCCUCUUCUCUGCCACACUGUACACUGUACCCACUUCCAUCUUCCACCACACACUCACCCCCUUCUCUUUAAACUCCCUCGCUCUCACCUCCCAUCCAAAUUUACUUCUUCUUCCCCUUCAAAUGGCUCUGCUUCUCUUCUGGGUUUUCGCUAUUCUCUCUUCUUCUUCCCCCUCUUCUUCUUCUUCCGCCAACGACGAAAAGAUCCUUACCUUCAUCGUCACAGUUCAGCACGAUGCAAAGCCCACCAUUUUCCCUACUCACAAGCACUGGUACGAGUCCUCUCUCGCUUCACUUCAACCUACAUCCACCUCUUCUUCAUCUUCCUCACCACCCACCCGCAUCAUCCACACUUACGACACCGUUUUCCAUGGCUUCUCCGCCCGCCUCUCCGCCCAAGAAGCGCAGAAGCUCCGAGACCUCCCCCACAUCAUCGCUGUCAUCCCAGAGCAAGUCCGGCGCCUACACACAACGCGCUCCCCCCAGUUCCUCGGCUUGAAGACCACCGACAACGCCGGUCUCCUCAAGGAAUCUGACUUCGGGUCGGAUCUCGUCAUCGCGGUUAUCGACACGGGUAUCUGGCCCGAGAGACAGAGCUUCAAUGACCGGGACCUUGGUCCAAUACCCGCUAAAUGGAAAGGCCAAUGCAUAAGCACUAAAGAUUUCCCCUUAACUUCCUGCAACAAAAAGCUUAUUGGUGCGAGAUUUUUCUGCAAUGGCUACGAGGCGACGAACGGGAAGAUGAACGAGACAACAGAGUAUCGCUCCCCUCGUGAUUCCGACGGCCACGGCACCCAUACCGCUUCUAUCGCCGCCGGAAGGUACGUCUUUCCUGCCUCAACUCUUGGAUACGCUCGCGGUGUCGCAGCCGGAAUGGCCCCGAAAGCCCGACUCGCGGCUUACAAGGUGUGCUGGAAUUCCGGCUGCUACGACUCUGAUAUUUUAGCCGCUUUUGACGCCGCCGUCGCCGACGGCGUCGAUGUUAUUUCCUUGAGUGUGGGUGGAGUUGUGGUGCCGUAUUACUUAGACGCCAUUGCGAUUGGCGCUUUCGGAGCCAUUGAUCGCGGGAUUUUCGUUUCUUCCUCCGGUGGCAAUGGCGGACCCGGUGGGUUAACAGUGACGAACAUUGCGCCUUGGAUGACGACAGUUGGUGCUGGGACCAUCGAUAGGGAUUUUCCCGCCGAUGUUAAACUUGGAAACGGCAAGAUCAUACCGGGUGUAAGUAUAUACGGAGGACCCGGGUUAACUCCGGGUCGGUUGUACCCGUUGGUUUACGCAGGAAGCGAAGGUGGCGGUGAUGGCUACUCGUCAUCUCUAUGCCUGGAAGGUUCUUUAGAUCCCAAAUUCGUGAAAGGGAAAAUAGUUUUGUGUGAUAGGGGAAUCAAUUCAAGAGCUGCAAAAGGCGAUGUGGUGAAGAAAGCCGGAGGGGUCGGGAUGAUUUUAGCGAAUGGGGUUUUUGAUGGUGAGGGUUUAGUUGCAGACUGCCAUGUCUUGCCGGCUACGGCGGUGGGAGCUUCCGGUGGUGAUGAGAUAAGAAAAUACAUAACAGUAGCUUCGAAAUCCCGAUCACCACCUGCUGCAACGAUAAUAUUCAAAGGAACCCGAUUGAAGAUCCGACCCGCUCCGGUUGUAGCUUCCUUCUCCGCCCGAGGACCUAACCCUGAAACUCCUGAGAUUCUAAAACCAGACGUGAUAGCUCCUGGAUUGAAUAUUCUUGCUGCUUGGCCUGAUAAAGUUGGUCCAUCAGGAGUUCCGACUGAUAAACGAAGAACAGAGUUCAAUAUUCUUUCCGGUACUUCCAUGGCGUGUCCUCAUGUUUCAGGCCUUGCUGCUCUGUUAAAAGCAGCUCACCCAGAAUGGAGCCCGGCGGCGAUCCGAUCUGCCCUAAUGACAACUGCUUAUACAGUUGAUAACAGAGGGGAAACCAUGAUUGAUGAGUCUACUGGAAAUGCUUCAACUGUGAUGGAUUUCGGAGCGGGUCAUGUUCACCCUACAAAAGCUAUGGAUCCUGGUUUAAUCUAUGAUAUAACUUCGUAUGAUUAUAUUGACUUCUUAUGCAAUUCAAAUUACACCAUUAACAACAUUCAAGUUAUAACCAGAAGGAAAGCAGAUUGUAAUGGGGCUAAGAGGGCUGGCCAUGUUGGAAACUUGAAUUACCCUUCAUUGUCAGCUGUGUUUCAGCAGUAUGGCAGGGAGAAGAUGUCGACUCAUUUUAUCCGGCAAGUGACAAAUGUUGGGGACCCGCAUUCAGCCUAUAAUGUCACCAUUAGAGCUCCAAGAGGGACCCUUGUGACAGUCAAGCCAGAAAGGCUUGCAUUUAGGAGGGUUGGCCAGAAGCUGAAUUUCCUUGUUAGGGUUGAAGCCACAGCCGUUAAGCUCGCACCCGGAGCUUCGAGUGUUCAUAGUGGUUCGAUCGAAUGGACAGAUGGGAAACACAUUGUGAAUAGUCCGUUGGUGGUUACCAUGCAGCAACCUCUGUAAGAUAAGUGUAAAAGUUUUGGGUUUUGGUUUUUCCAUCUUUUUAAAUUUUGGGUUCCUCGUUAUAUAGGACUACAAGCUAUAUAUCUCUUGAUAUGUGAUGAUCAUCUCUAUAUGUAUAAGUAGAGAAUAUGUUGAUGUUGAUGUUGAUGUUGAUGUUGGGGAUGAGGUUUUCUAUAUCAGAAACCCCAGUAAUGGAGUUGUCUUGUAUUAUAUUUUAUGGUUAAUUUGAUUAAGGAAAGGAAGGAAAAAUGUUGUAUGUUUUGUUGUAUGAAGAAUGAAGAAUACGUUUCUUUUUUGCAGAAA